AAUGGCGACUGCGCCGUGGGAAGCGAGCGAGGAGUUGAAUGAGUUCUUCCCACAGUUCAAGUGAAGCAGCCGCCGACAGUUAGGGCACCGUCAACGCGGCGGCGUACCCAGCAGGCACGGAGACAGACCGUCAGGGCCCAGCGUCCUAGCACAAUACAUGGAAACACACAUCCAGGUGUGUCUGUUAGCCUCACCGCUAGCUGUGUCAUGACGCUUGGAGACGUUUCUCUCACAUCUGUGCGCGAGACGGCAGAAGCACCAACACCCUAUUCACCCUCCUUGGCUGAAACCAAGUGAGGAGGGUUUGUCUUGUGUUUUAUUGUUUCUGGUCUCGUUGUCCUCUCCUCCCCUCCACCGGCGACUCACUGGACCUAUUCGAGCCGCAGACCGGACCACCAUGGCUGAGAGAACCUCCACCGGUUUGCUAUCGAUGAUGUUGGAGCCCACGCCGGCUGUCGCUAUGACCCUGCCGGCGGAGGUCCGGGAGAAGCUGGCGGAGCUGGAGCUGGAGCUGUCUGAAGGGGACAUCACUCAGAAGGGCUAUGAGAAGAAAAGAGGCAAGCUGUUGGCACCGUACAUCCCACAGAUCCAAGGUGUAGAUCCUUCAUUACAAAUUGACAACAGGAUUCAGGCCUCCUCCCAAGUUGUACUCCCAGGUACCAAACACAACAAGUCUCGGGCCGCCAACACCCGGGAUGAACGCUUCAGAUCCGAUUUGCACACAGAAGCCGUCCAAGCAGCUUUGGCAAAGUACAAAGAGAGGAAGAUGCCCAUGCCCUCCAAGAGACGAUCUGUGUUAGUUCAGUCCUCUGUUGAGGCGUGCACCCCACCAGACACCUCCUCAGCGUCAGAAGACGAGGGCUCGCUGCGCCGUCAAGGACGCCUGGCAACCUCCACGCCCUACCAGGGCCAUGGCCAUCCGGCCGUUGAGCACUGGUUUAACCGUGUCAUCCAGGGCUCGUCCACCUCAUCCUCCGCGUCAUCCACCUCAUCCCACCCUGGAGGGAGAUCCGUCACCACCACCAACACCACUGCCCAUGCAGCCCUCAACGCCAACGCCACAGCUACUGCACUGGCCGACCUUAUGGCACACACCCAGCUAGAUAACCACUCAGCGCCCCCCGACGUGACGGGGCUGUCGGAGCGGUCCUCACUGCAUGCAGAGCGGCCCCAGGUGGCCUCAGUGCGAGGCGUUUCCCGUGGCUACAACCAUCAAACCAGCGUCAUGGAGACCGCAGAUGGUGUUCCAGUCAACAGUCGUGUCUCCUCCAAAAUCCAGCAACUCCUUAACACUCUGAAGAGACCGAAGCGACCACCAUUGCGAGAGUUCUUUGUUGAUGAUUUUGAGGAGCUUUUGGAUGUUCAACAGCCAGAUCCUAACCAGCCAAAGCCAGAAGGCCAGCAGAUGAGCCCCUUAGAAGGAGAGCCUCUCGGGGUGGUCACCAACUGGCCUCCAUCCUUGCCAGCAGCCUUACAACGGUGGGGCACCACCCAACCCAAGAGCCCCUGUCUUACAGCACUCGACAAUGCAGGAAAGCCCGUCUACACACUCACCUAUGGUAAACUAUGGACCCGCAGUCAGAAACUGGCCUACACUCUUCUCAACAAGCUAAGCACCAGAAAUGAGCCUUUGCUUAUGCCUGGAGAUAGAGUUGCACUUGUUUUCCCCAACAAUGAUCCGGUGAUGUUCAUGGUGGCCUUCUACGGCUGUCUACUGGCAGAGUUGGUUCCUGUGCCUAUUGAAGUACCACUGACCAGAAAGGAUGCAGGGAGUCAACAGAUUGGGUUUCUGUUGGGCAGCUGUGGCGUCACAUUGGCACUGACCACAGAUGCCUGUCAGAAAGGCCUGCCCAAAGCACAAACAGGAGAGGUGGCCACUUUCAAAGGCUGGCCGCGGUUGCUCUGGUUUGUGACAGAUGGGAAACAUGUUGUGAAGCCACCGAAAGACUGGCAUCCUCCAAUACGGGAAGCCAGUAAUGAUAUAGCCUACAUAGAGUAUAAAACCAGCAAGGAGGGAAGCACCAUGGGCAUCACAGUAUCCCAUUCGGCCAUGUUGGCUCACUGUCAUUCCCUAACGCAAGCCUGCAGCUACACUGAGGGUGAGACUAUAACCAACGUCCUGGAUUUCAAGAGAGAAGCAGGAUUAUGGCAUGGUGUUCUCACUAGCGUCAUGAAUCGAAUGCAUGUGAUCAGCAUUCCAUACUCUCUGAUGAAGGUCAACCCUCUCUCCUGGAUACAGAAAGUUCACUCAUACAAAGCCCGGGUAGCAGUUGUAAAGUCGAGGGACAUGCACUGGUCUCUUCUGGCCCAGAGAGACCAGAGAGACAUCAGCCUGAGCUCACUGCGCAUGCUGAUCGUAGCUGAUGGAGCCAACCCUUGGUCAAUAUCCUCCUGCGAUGCCUUCCUCAACGUGUUUCAGGCACGUGGGCUGCGACCUGAGGUGAUCUGCCCAUGUGCCAGCUCUUCAGAAGCUAUGACUGUCGCCAUCCGCAGACCUCCAGAGGCGGGCGUUCCCCCUCCAGGGAAGGCAGUGCUGUCUAUGAGUGGGCUGAGCCACAGUGUGAUCCGUGUGGACACAGAGGAGAAGCUCUCUGUCCUUACAGUGCAGGAUGUGGGCCAGGUCAUGCCCGGAGCCCUGGUUUGUGUGGUGCGAGUGGAGGGAACGCCAUAUCUCUGUCAGACAGACGAGGUUGGAGAGAUCUGCGUGAGCUCAGGUAGCACCGGUGUAGCGUACUACGGCCUCCCGGGUAUGACCAAGAACGUCUUUGAGACCAUCCCAGUAACAUCAUCUGGGCUUCCCAUCAGUGACAGACCCUUCACCAGAACCUCACUGCUGGGUUUUGUGGGACCGGACAGCCUUGUGUUUAUUGUGGGGAAGAUGGAUGGACUGAUGGUGGUCAGUGGGCGGAGACACAACGCCGACGAUGUGGUGGCAACCGCACUAGCAGUGGAGCCCAUGAAGUUUGUUUACAGGGGGAGGAUAGCAGUAUUUUCUGUGUCAGUGCUGCAUGAUGAGAGGAUCGUUGUCGUGGCAGAACAGAGGCCAGACGCCUCUGAGGAAGACAGUUUCCAGUGGAUGAGCCGAGUCCUUCAGGCGAUAGACAGCAUCCACCAGGUUGGGGUGUACUGCCUGGCUCUGGUUCCUGCCAACACGCUUCCCAAGGCUCCUCUGGGUGGCAUCCAUAUAUCUGAGACCAAACAGCGCUUCCUGGAGGGCGCUUUGCAUCCCUGCAACGUCCUUAUGUGCCCUCACACGUGUGUCACCAAUCUACCCAAGCCAAGACAAAAACAGCCAGAGGUCGGUCCUGCUUCUAUGAUAGUGGGAAACCUGGUGGCAGGCAAGAGGAUAGCACAAGCCUGUGGGAGAGAUGUGGCCCAACUAGAGGACAAUGACCAGGCACGUAAGUUCCUGUACAUACAAGAUGUCCUACAAUGGAGAGCUCAGGCCACUCCAGACCAUCCUCUAUUCCUUGUUCUCAAUGCUAAGGGAACCGUGGCAAGUACCGCUUCCUGCCUACAACUGCACAAGAGGGCGGAGCGAGUAGCUGCAGCCCUCAUGGGACGCCUCAACACUGGGGACCAUGUAGCACUUGUCUAUCCACCAGGAAUUGAUUUGAUUGCCACCUUCUACGGCUGCCUGUACGCUGGCUGUGUUCCUGUCACUGUCAGACCACCACACCCACAGAACCUGGCCACCACCCUCCCCACGGUCAAGAUGAUAGUUGAGGUCAGUAAAUCCAUAUGCAUCCUGACCACUCAAGCAAUAAUGAAACUGCUGAAAUCCAAAGAGGCUGCUGCUGCUGUGGACAUCAAGAGUUGGCCCAUGGUGCUGGACACAGAUGAUCUUCCCAGGAAGAAGAGUCCCCAGAUGUACAAGCCACCAACCCCAGAGAUGUUGGCGUAUUUGGACUUCAGUGUGUCCACAACUGGCAUCCUAGCAGGGGUCAAAAUGUCUCACGCUGCCACCAGUGCCUUGUGUCGCUCCAUCAAACUGCAGUGUGAACUCUACCCGUCGCGGCAGAUCGCCAUCUGUCUGGAUCCCUACUGCGGCCUGGGCUUUGCUCUGUGGUGUCUGUGCAGUGUGUAUUCAGGGCACCAGUCGAUCCUGGUUCCACCUCUGGAGCUGGAGAGCAACGCGUCUCUGUGGCUCGCUGCAGUCAGCCAAUACAAAGUGCGCGUCACCUUCUGCUCUUAUUCCGUCAUGGAGAUGUGCACCAAGGGCCUGGGUUCACAAACAGAGGCUCUGCGGCUGCGUAAUGUGAACCUGUCCUGUGUGCGCACAUGCAUGGUGGUGGCAGAGGAAAGGCCUCGCAUAUCACUCACUCAGUCCUUCUCAAAGAUCUUCAAAGACUUGGGGCUUUCGCCACGCGCCGUCAGCACAACAUUCGGCUGUAGGGUGAAUGUGGCGAUCUGUUUGCAGGGCACCGCUGGACCAGACCCCACCACAGUUUACGUGGACAUGAGAGCACUGAGACAUGACAGGGUUCGUCUAGUAGAAAGAGGCUCACCACACAGCUUACCACUGAUGGAGUCUGGGAAGAUCCUGCCAGGAGUGAAGGUGAUCAUCGCAAACACAGAGACAAAAGGACCUUUAGGAGACUCGCACUUAGGAGAGAUUUGGGUGAGCAGUCCCCACAAUGCAACAGGAUACUACACUGUUUACGGGGAGGAGGCACUACAUGCUGACCACUUCAACACCAAGCUCAGCUUCGGUGACACUCAGACCGUUUGGGCGAGGACGGGCUACCUGGGCUUCCUGAGGCGCACGGAGUUGACGGAUGCUAAUGGAGAGCGUCAUGAUGCCCUCUACGUGGUGGGAUCACUGGAUGAAACUCUGGAGCUUAGGGGGAUGAGGUAUCACCCCAUUGACAUCGAAACCUCCGUUAUCCGUUCUCACAAGAGCAUAGCUGAAUGCGCGGUGUUCACGUGGACCAAUCUGCUGGUGGUGGUGGUGGAACUGGAGGGGUCCGAGCAGGAGGCUCUGGACCUGGUGGCCCUGGUCACCAACGUCGUCCUGGAGGAGCACUACCUCAUCGUAGGCGUGGUGGUGGUCGUUGACCCCGGCGUCAUCCCCAUCAACUCCAGAGGGGAGAAGCAGCGCAUGCACCUGAGAGAUGGAUUCCUCGCCGACCAGCUGGACCCCAUAUACGUGGCGUACAACAUGUGAAAUCGUGCAGGCCACUGGGGUUAGCGCACACCGGGAGGCAGCUGGACGGUGUAUAUUCAGCUUCUGUUCAAAGGAGGAGCCGCCUCUUUUUUUUUCUCACAGCAAGAUGGAGAAAAGUUUACAGAAAGAAAUAGGAAUGACCAAACCUCCUGUCUGUUUCUCCCUGUGAUUUCUUGUGUCAGCAAAUAAGGUUCGGGUGUUAUCGAGGCAGGACAUUAUGACUCCCCUGAGAGCAGUGCAGCAGGUGGUUAAACUAAGUAUAAAACUACACUGUGCCAUUAAUAUAAUUUCGUUUGUAAAUCUAUGAAAUAAUGAAUGUUUGUUAUGUUUGCCAUACACUUGUGCCAUAGAACAGGACUGACUCCAGCACCUAAAUCCUGGCUCAGACAACCUCUAAAAUGCCCCACGUCUACAGAGCGUCUUGUGCCAAUCACAGCAUUUCCGAGUAUCUGCGCCCUAAGGUGAAACUCCUCCCCUCUGGUUUUGUUCAGUUCAGAUCAUUUCAUUAAUGAAUAAGCACACAGGAGGUUCGUUCCGGCAGUAACGUCAGUAACAAAACCCUGAUAAACGAUGUCACGGUUUGACUUGUUUGUUCUUUUUUGUCUCAUAUGUAUAAUAUAAUUCUUGUUAAAUGAGUGUGAACGAGUGCAAACAGUACGUACAGAUCAUUUAAAGUCCUACGAUUACAAGGAAUAUGACAGUUGCUUUUUAGCAGCAACUUGCCAAAUGAUAAGGAUUACGCCUUAAGUAUUUUGCACCUGUUCCUAUCACAGUUCUCAUGUUUUUCUUAAUUUUGUUACUAUAGUUUGAUAGGAAGGAUAUAUGCAGAACGCUACAAGGCCCGCUCUUAUUGCACCCAAAGUCUUUCGUGUUUUUGCUAAGAUGAAUAGUUUUUUCCUAGCAUCUGACAUAAUAAUCACAUACUUUCUCCAUACAUUUCUUUUUUAUUAAUGUACUGUGUCUCUCGUCAGUUGUUUAGGCUGUAGGAGGGGAUGAAAUGUUAUCAGGACUGGGUUUAAAAGAGAAUGUCGUCGCCAGAUUAUGAAACUAAAAUGCUGAACAGUUGUUUGAGACUAUUGUGUGGUGUAUGAUCUGUAUGACACAAGUGAUGCCCUUAAUCUCCAUUUUAAGACUUUUAACUUUGUAAAGAUUCACGUCACUGUUUCACUAUGUUUUGUUUUUAAUAUUCAUGUCACCAACAGGCAGUGAAGCCUGCUGUAAGUAUGUACAGGAUUUGUGUAAAUUAUUAAUAGAUGGAGACGGCAGGAAAAGUAACAAACAGGACUGAAUCUGGUCAAUAUGUGAACUGCCCCCCACCCCCCACACCAAACAAAAACCUGAAAUGGAUUCUCAUGUUUGGAGAGAUCGGGAAGAGGCGCGAAAAGCCGUGUAAACAUUUUUAUAUUACGAAUGAACAGAGGAAAUGGGAAAACUUCGAGGAUGAGACGAAGCACACUCCGAGCACAAGGAGAGGACAGUUCUGCUGUAAGGACUCCUGAGGUGUCGCAUCCUCCAGAGAAAACUUUUGUUGUUAACAUAUGGAAAGAUAGAUUUGUCUGAUAUAUGGUUAGUUGUCAUUAUUUUCAUAACAUGAUUUCUUAAUUAAUAAAAAAAAAAGUGCUUUUAACUUGA